UGGGAUUCUUUUGGCUGUGCAUGCAGGGCUGCUGCCAGCUCUCACCCGCUGUGAGGUCCUGGCCAAAGGUGGAUUAGGAGGGGAGUGAGCAUCUCCCAGAAGUGAAGCACAGGGGCAACGCUGCAGGGAUCUAACCAGUCAUCAUGAACAAGGUGAAAAGUUUUAAGCGCCGAUUUUCGCUUUCUGUACCUCGUACCGAGACCAUUGAGGAGUCCCUAGCAGAAUUUACAGAGCAGUACAACCAAUUGAACAGCCGGCACACCGAAGGUCUUGGUCACUCACACUUGCAGCUGCCUCACCUGAGUCCAGGAAACCCUGUACUGUCUCCAUCAGAUGGAGAAGGUCUGUCUCCCACUGCACUGAGCUACAGAAAUGCAGCCCACCGACGUCUCUCCAUGGAGGAUGUCAGCAAACGUCUUUCCCUACCUAUGGAUAUUCGUUUGCCUCCAGAACUCCUCGACAAGUUACAGAUGAGCAGUCCAGAGGAUGACCAGAAGCCUCUUAGUCGAUUGUCAAGAAGAGCAUCCCUGUCGGAUAUUGGGUUCGGCAAAUUGGAAACAUAUGUCAAACUGGAUAAACUGGGAGAGGGGACUUAUGCAACGGUAUUCAAGGGACGCAGUAAACUUACAGAGAAUCUGGUAGCUCUAAAGGAAAUCAGACUGGAGCAUGAGGAAGGAGCACCCUGUACGGCCAUCAGAGAGGUGUCUCUACUGAAGAAUCUGAAGCAUGCUAACAUUGUAACACUCCAUGACAUCAUCCACACAGAAUACUCACUCACUCUGGUAUUUGAGUACCUGGACAGCGACCUUAAACAGUACUUGGAUAACUGUGGAAAUCUCAUGUGUAUGCACAACGUCAAGAUUUUUAUGUUCCAGUUACUUCGUGGUCUGUCUUAUUGCCACCGCAGGAAGAUACUUCACAGGGAUCUGAAACCACAAAACCUCCUGAUUAACGAAAAAGGGGAGCUAAAGCUGGCAGAUUUUGGCCUUGCUAGAGCCAAGUCAGUGCCAACCAAAACAUACUCCAAUGAAGUGGUGACGCUUUGGUACCGGCCUCCAGAUGUUUUGCUGGGUUCUACAGAAUACAGUACACCCAUUGACAUGUGGGGAGUUGGCUGUAUAUUAUAUGAAAUGGCUACAGGACGACCUAUGUUUCCUGGUUCUACGGUAAAGGAGGAAUUACACUUGAUCUUCAGGCUACUAGGUACUCCCACUGAAGAGACAUGGGGUGGAAUAUCAUCUAAUAAAGAAUUUAAAGCUUACGGCUUCCCACAGUACAGAGCACAGCCUCUGAAAAACCACACACCAAGGCUGGACUCAGAGGGGAUUGAUCUAUUAAGCAGCUUACUACUGUAUGAGGACAAAAAACGAAUCUCUGCAGAUGAAGGUAUCAGACAUCCAUAUUUCAAGACAUUGGGGGAGAAAGUACUCACACUUCCAGACAGUACCUCUAUUUUCACAAUCAAAGAGAUCCAGCUUCAGAAGGAUCCUGGACACCGUGGCUCCAUAUUCCAUCACACAGCUCGUGGGAAGACCAGAAGACAGAGUAUAUUCUAGAACUGAAACUGGAUGAAUUAAGACUACACUCAAUUGUAUCUCAUCUGUCUGAGAAACUCAUGCACUUAUUUAACUUUUUGAGUAUUAUCCUUAAUUUAGCAAGUUGCAGAGAACUCAGUACCAAGUCUCCUGUUGGUGCAUUGUGAGGUUCAGGGACCAGAGAAGAAUAAAUGGCACUUUUAAGUAUCACUUUUAAGACCCUGCAAACGCCUUAUCAGCUUCUCUUAAUUGAAGUGUAAAAGACUAGCUGAAACAUGCUAAUAUAUUUCACCCAGUUUAAAAUCCUAAUUGUGAUUA